AGGACCGCUACAAGACCGCGUUUAAGACACGAUAUGGGCAUUUCAAAUGGCCGGUUAUGCCUUUUGGCCUUACAAAUGCCCCGGCCACAUUCCAAGCGGCUAUGAAUACAGAGUUCCGACACAUGCUGGAUAGAUUCGUACUCAUCUACCUCGAUGACAUCUUGGUGUACAGCCGGAGUUUGGACAAGCAUGUGGAGCACCUGCGCACCGUUUUGGAGCGGCUACGACAAGCCAAGUACAAAGCCAACCGCGACAAAUGCAAAUUCGCGGGGCAAGAGCUGGAGUACUUGGGACAUUAUGUGACACCGCAAGGCAUCCGUCUGCUUGCGGACAAGAUCGAGGCCAUUUGCAUAUGGCCCGAGCCCACCAACACCACCGACGUUCGCUCAUUCAUGGGGUUGGCGGGCUACUAUCAACGCUUCAUCACUGGGUACUCAAGGAUUGUCGCACCUAUGACGAGAUUACAAUCGCCAAAGGUGCCAUUCGUAUUCGAUGACGGCGCACGCCGGUCAUUCCAAGCACUCAAGACGGCCAUGCUCAUGGCACCCGUCCUUAGCAUCUACGACCCCACCCUGCCAACGAGAGUGACAACUGACGCUCCCAGCUAUGGCAUUGGGGCAGUCUUGGAACAACACGACGGCAAUGACUGGCACCCCGUGGAGUAUUUCAGCCACAAAGUGCCUCCCAUCAAUUCACUUGAUGAUGCAAGGAAGAAGGAGGCUGCUCACGUGAAGGAGGAGGAAAAGAAGGCGAAGAAGACGAAGGCGGCGAAGGCGGCGAAGAAGGCGAAGGCGAAGGUGAAGGCGAAGCCGAAGGAGGCGAAGGAGGAGGAGAAGGCGAAGGUGGCGAAGAAGGCGAAGCCUGCGAAGGCGACGAAGAAGGCGAAGGUGAAGAAGAAGAAGGCGAAGGCGGCCAAGGCAAAGGUGAAGGCGGAGAAGGCAAAGGCAAAGGCGAAGGCGGAGAAGGCGAAGAAGAAGGCGAACGGGAAGGCGACGGCGACGGCGAAGAAGGCUACGGUGACGGCGACGACAUUAGACUUCAUGCAAAGCACUCUAGACCAGAUCAUGGACGCAUUGACGAGGCCAGGAUUCAGGCCUCCAGCACAAUCGUCGUUGCCGUUAUCGGCGAUGUCAGGCCCCUUUCCAGUUCAAGCUGGUACACAGCCAAGUGGUACGUCUGCAGCGGUCGCACAGACUGUUGCAUCUUCUUCUUCGGGUCCAGCGGUGGGAGCUACAUCACCGCAACAACCUGUUCCUCAACAGGGACAGCCGCAGGGUCAAUGGUAUCCUAAGACCCCAAAUAAACCGCCUCUUGCCUUCUCAGGCGAGAGGAAGGACGAAGAACUCAACACAUGGUUGAGGACAGUUCCGGUUUGGGUAAAGGCCAAGAGGACCUUGCUAGAGGACGAAGUGGUUACCGCUGCAUCUUACCUGGAGGGUAAGGCAGCCAAGUGGCUAGAUGGGGUAGUUGUAAAGGCCGGGUAUGGGCGACGCAUGGCAGACUGGCCUAAGUCUAUGACGUUAGACCAGUUCAUGGAAAUGGUAGAAGCUCGAUGGCAUAAUCCACAGGAGGCACAAAGAGCCACUGAUGCGAUUAACAAGAUGGACCAACGUUACGCAAAAGAUACCUCCAAAGAUGGGGGCAUCUUAUUCCCAGGCUUCAAGCUCGGGAAACGCGUGAGGCCAGUGGAAGUAUUAGCUGCUUCUACUCAAGAUGAGGUGGGAUUGAUACCCUCCCCACUUCAUGACAAGGCCAAAGCUAAUGACUCCUUAGUCACCCCCCAGACACAUCUAGACCAAACUAUGCUAUGUACGUGGGAUGUGUCUGAAGCCUUAGAAGACUUAGAAGGUGAGUGGUCAAACAAGGACCCUCGCGAGUCUUGGGUGGCGCUAAAGAAAGGUCCUAGAGGGGAACAUUUCGUGGUGAAAGUGGAUGUAGGAGGCCGCAAAUGUGGUGCCUUCAUAGACAUCGGAUCCACGCGAAAUUACAUAAGUCGCGAUUGUUUGGAAAGGCUGCACCUACAGAACCGGGUACGACACCUUAGUAGACCUGUAGCAUCUACUUUGGCCAACAAGGAGCGCAUGAUCGUAACAGGCUACAUCAAGGACGUAGUCUGUGCCUUCUCUUAUGGAGGAGGCGAGCUUAACCAUAAGAUCUCGUUCUUGGUUAGCGACGACUUACCAUUCGACAUGUUAUUAGGCAUGUACUACCUCGAAGUUGCUAAGCCCCAGUUUGACUGGGAUAAGAAGGUGCUCAAGCGUAAGUUGCCCGAUCGCCAAACUGUCAGAUUGACUAAGUUCAAGGCUAGUAGUAUUAUAGAUACCUAUGGCUGCUUGUGCACAUCAGUGUUCUACAAUUAUUACAAGCAAAACGAAGAGGAGGGUAUGUACCUUGUGUAUGUCUCUGAGAAAGGGGAGGCCGUUAAAACACCCCCAGAGAUAGAACGCGUCGUUGCUAAGUUCCCUGAUCUGUUCGAGGAGCCCACAGGAGUUGUUGAAAGGGAAGUCGUCCACGCUAUAGAAAUCAUUCCAGGGAUGAUGCCUUUUGGUCUUUGUAACGCGCCGAGAACAUUCCAGCACGCCAUGAAUCAGAUCUUCCAUGACCAUUUAGAUAAGUUGGUCGUGAUCUAUUUAAACGACAUUCUGAUCUUUAGUAAGUCUGCCAAGGAGCACGCACAACAUGUUGAGAAGGUACUCUCACUCCUGCGACAGCAGAAGUAUAAGGUCAACUUAGAGAAGUGCGAGUUUGGCCGCACUAAGAUACUAUACUUGGGUCAUGAAGUAUCCGCGGAGGGGAUAAGGCCGGAAGAUGCGAAGGUGGCUAGUAUUCGAGACUGGCCACGACCUCACACAGUCACUGAGGUCAGAUCAUUCUUAGGAAUGUGCGGCUACUAUAGGAACUUCGUUAAGAACUAUUCUACAGUCGCCUCUCCUUUGACUGAUCUAACUCGACUUGACAUGCCGUGGGACUGGAAUGAUGAGUGCGAGGGUGCUUUCAAGAGAAUGAAGCAUGCACUCAUGAAUCAUGAGGUCCUCAUGGUUCCCGAUCCGCAGAAGCCAUUCAUAGUGACCACUGACGCAAGCCAAUACGGCAUUGGCGCAGUGCUGGCUCAACAGGAUGGGAAAGAGUUGAGACCGAUUGAGUAUAUGAGCAAAACGAUGCCAUCAAAGAAGUUGGCAAAGUCCACCUAUGAAAGGGAACUCUAUGCUCUAUAUAAAGCACUUGUCCAUUGGAGACACUUCCUAUUGGGAAGGUUCUUCUACUUGAGGACUGAUCAUCAGACCUUGAAAUGGAUCAAGACUCAACCGGCUCUUUCUGAUGCACUCAAGCGAUGGAUUGAGGUCAUAGACCAAUAUGACUUCAAGCUUGAGUAUCUGAAGGGAGAGAAUAAUAAGGUUGCUGAUGCGCUAUCACGUAGAGCAGACUACCUAGGUGCGCUAGUUUCUGAUGAAGUAACUCAAUCGUUGGUGGGAGCCUAUCAGGAAGACCCUGUCACGAUGGACAUCAUUCGCAAACUUCAGGCAAAAGACAAGGCCACGGAAAGCGAGUUUGUGAUGGUGGACGGGCUUCUCUAUCUUGAUAAGGCCGGAAUAAAAAGAUUAGUAGUUCCAUCUAGUGAACCUUUGUGUAGUUUGUUCUUAGGAGAAUGCCAUGACGCAACGGGACACUUCGGCUACAAGAAGACGAGUGCUAACUUAGUACAACGAUUUUGGUGGCCAGGAAUGUUCAAUGACGCGAAGAAGUACGUAGAGACCUGUCAGGUCUGUCAGCGGGACAAGCCGCGAACUCAAGCACCGCUUGGGUUGUUGAAGCCUUUGCCUAUCCCUGCUGGUCCAGGACAGAGUGUCUCCAUGGAUUUUAUGGACACCCUGGUGACUAGUAAGAGUGGCAAGAGGCACAUCUUCGUCAUCAUCGACCGAUUCACCAAGUAUGCUAGACUAGCGGCUAUGCCAGAGACCGCAAGAACUGACUUCGUCAUCAAGUUGUUCAAAGACAACUGGGUGCGUGACUUUGGGUUACCAAAGUCAAUCGUUAGUGACCGAGAUGUCCGAUUCACAAGUGAGUUGUGGAAGAAGACUGCAGAACAGAUGGGCAGUCAACUUCAAAUGACUUCAGGGAAUCAUCCCGAAGCCAACGGACAAGCCGGACAAAUGAACAGAGUUGUACAACACUUGCUGCGGCAUUACAUCAAGCCCAGCCAAGAUGAUUGGGAUGAGCAGUUGCCUCUCAUCGCCAGCCUGUACAACAAUGCUAUCCAUAGUAGUACCGGCGUUAGUCCUAAUCAGUUGCACUUGAGAUGGAAGCCUAGAUCAGCACUAGACUUCCUCCUACCUGAAAAUCGACCCGCUGCAACUCCAGGCACACUAGAGUAUGGUGUGCAGUAUGAGAAGUUGCUGCAAGAGGCUGUCGAGCAUAUGAAGAAAGCUCAGCAAGCAAUGAUUGCUUCUGAGAAUCAACAUCAUAGACAGUCCACAUUUCAGGUAGGGGAACGAGUCUGGGUCAAGGCUAGUGAGUUAGGACAGGAGUUUGGAUUUUCUCGCAAACUAAUGCCUCAGUACUUUGGUCCUUGGGAAAUCCUGGAUAUAGUGGGAGAUGAGAUGGAUGGUCCCACAUAUGUCAUUCGUGUCCCUGGACACCUACGCACUCACCCAGUCUUUCAUGCCUCAAAGCUUGCACCUUUCCCUGAGACAGAUCAAUUCCCUUCCAGGAGAUCGAUGCUGCCCCCAACCAUGGAUGGACAAGUGGACAUCGACGGCAUUGUGGAUCACAGGGAUAUGCCUGUUCCGAAGCCGCUGGGUCGAGGAAGACCUCCUAAACCCAAGAGAGAGUACCGCGUCAGAUUCAGGCAUCAUACGGAUCCGAAAGAAGAUCGGUGGUUUACCAGGGAGGAAGUGAUUGAGACAGCUCCUCAGGUGGCGGCAGAAUAUGAGAGGCUACUAAAAGGGAAGGCACCUGCGAAGUAAGCAUCUCAGCAGACUUUCGAAGCUAAGGGGGAUGGAAUGUUAGGAUUGAGCCCUAAAGUAGUGGCCUUGCCAUGAUGUACACGUUCUGGGCUAAGGCCCCUGCAAUCCUCGUGCCCGCCCUAAGUGAAGGCGGGCCAGCAAAUCAACAAGAGCCCUCUGU